AUGGCAAAGCUUGCUUUCGCAACCCCUCUCUCGCAAUCAUCUCAUUCGGAAGUGCUUGAAUGGCGAUUUCCAGGGAAGCAUAAACAAUACGUUCUAACAGGCAAAUCACGAGCGGCAUGGCACACCUCGUUCGUGAUCCCACAGCUCAAUCUGCUGCUCGACGCCGGAUUAUGCGUCAACAAGCAGAGACCCAAGCAUAUUUUCCUCACCCACGGCCACAGCGACCACGUCCUCCUCACGCCCGCCUUCAUCAAGCGCAGUGAUCCGCCAGACAUCUUUUGCCCAGCUGAGAUGGUCCAGGUUCUCGAUAGCUUCCUCGUUGCCAAGACAGUGCUCAAUGCCGGAGGCCUGAAGACAGCCGAGGAUCCCGAGGUGCCUAUCGAUGAUGAUAAUGAUGAUGAUGACGGCGGCGAUGACGACGACGUCCUUGACACGUCCAGAGAAUCACAUCCCUCCUCGACCACACCUCCUGGGAAACCCCACUGGCUACACACGCACAAUACCCACGGCGUCCGCCACGGCGAUGUUGUCCCUCUGCGCCGCACUGUCGACUUCACCGCCGAGGCCUUUGCCUGCGACCAUCAGGUACCAUGCGUCGGCUACGUCUUCAAGCUCAAUUCCAGAAAGCUCAAACCAGAAUACGCGGGCCGCAAGGGCACCGAGCUCAAGGCUCUACGCGAAUCCGGCGUCGAGAUUACUGCGGCUCAUACCACGCCUGUGUUUGCGUUUCUUGGUGACACAACCGCCGCCACGCUGGCUGCAGAGCCGUGGUGGUUGAAGGAGGAGAUCCCUGUCGUCAUCACCGAAUGCAGCUUUCUAUAUGAGGAGCACCGAGGGCAGGCCAUCAAGACCAAGCAUACCAUAUGGGCGGACCUCGAGCCGGUCAUCAGGAAGUGGCCCAGGACCACCUUUGUGCUGAUGCAUUUUAGCCUACGAUACAGUGACGAAGACAUCAGAUGCUUCUUUGCAAAGCUCAAGAAUCCGCCUGUCAACAUCGUCCUCUGGGUAGAUGGGGAGCCGGAGCCCACCAGCUGA